GUUGAUGACUAGACAGACGAGACAGUAGCGGUGCCCGUUCGUUCGCUCAGUGAUUAGCUGUAUCUUGACCGCGACGCAAGUGUUCGGUUCCGCGUUUGUGAAUCGUAUCCGCGACCCGGGUUGUGUUUUGUAUGGUUUUCUUGCUGUUUUUCCUAUUAUAGUUACACACUAAAUGCGAACGAUUCACAAGUGUGCGUGCAUAGGAAUUUUGAUGAACAAGAAGGGUGGCAGUGGUUGAACGCGAUUUCGAGUUGACGUGAAAAAUUAUUGACGUUCGCAAGGUGAUUGGAAGAUUUUUUUAUCAACGUGUGUUCUAUAAUUUCUAAAAAUACAGUGGUGCGCAGUUUUUCGAAUGAUGAUUUUAGAACCUCAGUGACGAACAUCGGUCAACAACUAAAGUGAAAAUAUUUGGAUAUAGAAUCGCUGCAUAAAUUAAAAGUGAGGUUCGUUUUACUGUUUACAUAGCUAUUCAGUUUAUUUUGUUGGAUUGUAGAGAUUUCUGUCAACGUCUUCAACAAUACGACUCAAGCACAGAUAAAUUGCAGUUGGAACGGACUUGGUACAAUUCCGCACACGGGGGGAGCGUUCGGUUAUGUAGCCCCAUAAUGGUUGUCUGUGACUAAAGAUAUCUCUCCUCGUUUGAGCUGAACCCGUAAACAUAAACUUCACACCGCGGUCAGAGGCUCCCUGACCGAGAGGAGCCAUUAGCCGCUUGGCGGCAAUCCACUGAAAGCACGUUCAAUUUAGUUCUGCUACUUUUUUUUGUUCGCUUCAUAACUUAGUGGCAAUAGGUUGAACGCCUUAACGACGUCACCAUCGUCAGCAUCGUCACCAUCAGUCCGAACGUAGUAGCACUAACAACAAUGUCACAUCACAGCGAUGAUCAGCUCCUGCAGGCGGGAAGCGACUCCUUUUGGGAACCGGGAAACUACAAGCGAACUACCAAGCGGAUAGAGGAUGGAUACAGAUUAUGCACAGACCUGCAAACUCUAAUACAGGAACGAGCAGAAAUCGAGAAAGGAUACGCCAAAAGUCUGAAAACCUGGUCGAAAAAGUGGGGUGAACUGAUUGAGAAAGGACCAGAGUACGGUACAACUGAGGCGGCAUGGAAAGGUAUCCUCACCGAAGCGGAUCGACUAUCCGACCUGCACCUGAAAGUAAAGGAAAACCUCUGUACCGACGUAAUGCACCAAAUCAAAGCAUGGCAGAAAGAUAAUUACCACAAAACGAUGAUUCAAAUCAAGGAACGAAAGGAAAUGGAAGACCAGUUCAAAAAGGCUCAAAAACCAUGGGCGAAGCAUCUGACGAAAGUGGAAAAGUGCAAAGCGGAUUACCAUGCGUCUUGUAAGACGGAACGGACCGCUGCCAAUCAGGAACGCAACGCCUUGAGCGAUUCGUCCCUAUCAACGGAUCAGCUGAAAAAGCUGCAGGACCGAACGGCCCGUACCAAGGACGAUGUAAGCAAGAGUCGAGAACGGUACGAACAAGCCCUGCAGGAAAUCAACAAAUACAACCCAGUCUAUAUGGAGGAUAUGACUUCGGUGUUCAACAAGUGCCAAGAGAUGGAGGAGACCAGGUUACGCUUCUUCAAGAAUGUGCUAUUUUCGAUACACAAGUGUUUAAACAUCUCCGAGGAUCCAAGCUUACCGCAGAUCUACAAGGAGUUCCAUCACACCGUGAACAAUGCAGACCAUCUGAAGGACCUGAAAUGGUGGUCGAACAACCACGGCAUUCAUAUGGGUAUGAGUUGGCCGACGUUUGUGGAGUACACGGAAGAAUUCCGCGACAUUGCCAAGGGAAUCAAGUCGAAAGAAGCUUUACCCGCUGCGCCGAUAACGCUCAUUCAUCAGCGACCCGUUGCCGAAGAUUUGCAUGAGUACCCCCCGCCAGCCAGUAACAAGAACAGUAUAAACCGCACCUCCGCAUCACUCAGUAUUAACAAUUCUAGUAGCAAUGCCAACAAUGGUAGUUCACAGAGGGCCACCACUCCUAGUCAGGAAUCGCCCAAAUCGGAAAGCGCUUCGAUGAAGAACAACGAUGCGGUGACGACUCCGACGAGGACUUCGCCCUCACGUACGGUUGCUGGAGCUGCCGUUGUAACGAACGGCACCAAUGGCAAGGCCAGCGAUUCCCAGAAUCCGUUCGACGAGGAAGAGGAAUGGGACGAAGGUGAUGGAGCGGAUAACAUUCUGGUGGACAACGGCGAACCCGGUGUACCAGUUAAGGCGUUGUACGACUACGAAGGAGCUGAAAGCGACGAAUUGACGUUUAAGAUGGGUGACGUAUUCGAGAAACUGGAGGACGAAGACGAACAGGGUUGGUGCAAGGGACGUAAGGACGGUCGGGUAGGUUUGUAUCCUGCAAACUAUGUAGAAGCGAUAUCGACGUAAGUCACUUCUCGGAGUCACAGCUUCGGUGAAACCGAAGUGAGCAUUAUCGCCAGCCACAACAACGUUCAACGCUGAAAAGAAUGGGUCCGAAACUACAUGGUAUAGUAACCCACUAGCGGCGUUAUCAGAGCGGUGAUUGUUUGUUACGUUUUAUUUUAAAUUUACUACAGAGGCCAAUAUUGUUGUGAGAUAUAUUUGGCGUACAGUCGUGAGUUGUAGAGUCACUUUCUUUCCGACAAAGAAAUAAAUUUUACAAAGCCUUGUCUGCCUUAUUUCAUAAAAGUAUUUCAGUGGAGAACGUGUUCUCGGGUAGUUAAUCGAUUCCUAGUGUUGCUUUUGAGAGAUUCGAUAAUUGAAAAUAUAUGUUUAUGGGCUCCAUGGAAAAGGAACAAACAAGACUUGUCUCGGAGCUUUGUGUUGUUCCACGGUUAUUUGAGAAUAUGUAUCGUUAGUUUACAAAUAUCGAUAAUUGCUUCGAUAAUUUGUUUAUAUUUUUACCAAAUUAGAAUUUAACCAUCGACGUUAGGGAGGUUUGUAAAGAACGUGGAUAUAGAGGAAACCGAAGGCAGUUUUAAAGGUAAAAAUAUGCUCACCUAUAAAUACAUACACUUAGGAUCGUAAGUAAGCUAGGGCGUUAUGGACUGAAGCGGUUAUGCGAAUGCAAAUUGAGGUUUUUCAGAAAGGAUCUCCUGCCGUGAGGAGACCGGAGGAGUUGAACAUAGUCACGUUUGUUUAAAUGUAGAUUUAUGAACUUGAAGUGUAGAGUAUAUAU